GCUGUGCUAUCAACCUCGACAUCACAUAGGGAAGGCUGCGUUUUUUUUUUCCGUACAUAUAUCUACUGAAUUUCUCAUUCUUCGGGACUAUUUGCAACCUGUGAGACAGCAAUAAUACCAGAUACUUGUUCCAUCGCUGCAAGAAGACUCUGACCAUGACUGCCUCAAAAACUGUUCGGGUUGCAGUAACUCAAGCUGAGCCGGCAUGGCUCGACCUUGAUGGUACCAUUGCAAAGACGAUCAAAUUCAUGGCGGCAGCAGCCUCGAAUGGCGCCAAAAUUGUCACAUUCCCAGAAUGCUGGGUUCCCGGCUAUCCAGCUUGGAUAUGGUCUCGUCCGAUCGAUUUUGAGAUGACUACUUUGUAUACAAAGAACAGCUUAAAAGUAGAUUCGGAUCAGAUGAGAUCACUUUGCGCCGCGGCAAAGAAGAACAAGAUCGCCGUCUGUAUGGGCUUCUCUGAGAACUUCAACAACAGCUUGUACAUCUCUCAAGCUAUCAUUGGAGCCGAUGGCACGCUCCACUUGACACGCAGGAAGCUGAAGCCAACGCAUAUGGAGCGUACCAUCUUCGGCGACUCGACUGGUGGAAAUACCUUGGCGAAUGUGGCUGAGAUUGAAGGAGUUGGUAACGUCAGCGCCUUGGCUUGCUGGGAGCAUAUUCAGCCAUUGCUCAAAUACAACACUUGCUUGCAACGCCCAGAUGUCCAUGUUGCUGCUUGGCCUCCUUUGUGGCCUCAUUCUGGAGAUGGCCAAGACCUCUAUUCGAUGUCUCGUGAUGGCUGUCGGGUCUUAUCUCGGACUUUCGCCAUCGAAAGCCAGACAUAUGUCUUGCACACGACAGCCGUGCUCACCGAGGAAGGUAUCCAGAAGAUGGGGACGGCGAAUAACUUCAUGGGAGCGCCUGGAGGUGGUAGCUCAGCUAUUUUUGGUCCGGAUGGGAGACAAUUGUCAAAGGAUCUCGAGCCGACUGAGGAGGGUAUCAUCUAUGGUGACCUGGACUUCGACGCCAUCCUGAGGGCCAAGGGAUUUGUCGAUAUCUGUGGUCAUUACAGCAGGCCAGAUUUGCUGUGGCUGGGAACCCAGGAGAAAGAGAACUUACCACUUAGAGGUAGCAAGAGCAAGACUGAAGAGGAGGUUGAAUCAUAGAUUUUGAGCCUCAAAUGCGAGAACGAAGGUCGAAAAUGCUUCAAUUGUUCCAUAUCCCCGGGUAUCAUGCAUCCGUUCCCAUGCAAACGCCUUCCCAAAUGUAGCUCAUCAUUUCUUCUUCAUCUCUCCCAUCCAAACUCUCAUAGACUUCGAGCUGUCGUGCGCGGCCCUGAAAAGCCCUCUCUCCGUCUCAUCCAGUCCUCGUAGAAAUUCCA